AGUCCAGCACUUCAAACAAACAGGCAUUGAACACCAAUGAGGUCAUGGCUUCACCGCCAGGCAAAGAGCUUCAACCGCUUGUCAGCCCAGUAAAAACCCAGUCUGGGGGGAGAGAAAAAAAUCGCCCACUGACAACUGAGUAAAAGGACAGGGGAACAUUUGUUGUGAAGCUUUACAAGAAAAAGAAACUUAGUGUAAUUAGAAACAUUCCCUUUUGGAGUCUCUUGGACUGCUUUAUAUAGAUUCCUGCCUCGCUGUCGUGCCAGCUGAGUGCCAGUUAAAUGCUGAGCAGCCGCUUCAGAGUUACAACACUGCACAGAGCCGGGAUUUUCUCAAGCAAAGGUUGACCAGUUUGGAGUUGGACUGAGCAGCUGAACAUCGUUAAGCACUAACUACAGCUACCAGGCAGCUACUCUGAGUGUUACUUCUGUGCUUCAACAGAAAUGCCUUGGAAACACAAACCAGUCCUCCUGUGUGUGUUGACAGCCUGCAUCACAGCACUGGUGUUGGGUUUAGAGGAAAGGGUGAAAUAUGAUGAGUGCGCCGACCUCAGCAACACCACCUGGCAGGAGUACCGGCAGCGGCGAAUCAAGCUGCAGGUCGAGUACCUGCUGAUGACCAGAGCAAACAUGGACUGCGCACAAAGGUUUGACCAGGACUCUCUCGGUGAAUCACAGCAGCAGUCGUCCUACUUCAACAUCUCCCGGCCCACCAAGGUCAUCAUCCACGGGUACAGGGCCCUGGGCAGAAAGCCGUCCUGGGUGAAGGAGCUGGCGCGGGCCCUGCUGAGGGCGCAGGAUGCGAACGUUGUGGUAGUGGACUGGGUCUAUGGUGCUUCCUUCGCCUACAACCUGGUGGUGGAGAAUUACAAGGAAGUGGCUCUGCAGAUCUCCGUCCUCAUCAACCAGAUGCAGAAACAUGGAUGCAAACUAGAGUCCUUCCACUUCAUCGGGAUCAGUCUUGGGGCGCACGUCGCUGGUUUUGUGGGGACUCUGUUUGAGGGGAAGAUAGGAAGAAUCACAGGUGUUGACCCAGCUGGUCCCAUGUUUAAAGGAGCCGACACAUAUGACCGUCUGGACCCGUCUGAUGCUCAGUUUGUCGACGCCAUCCACACAGACUCUGACUAUUUUGGUAUUUCCAUCCCUGUCGGUCAUGUGGACUUCUUUCUGAACGGAGGAAAGGACCAGACUGGAUGUGCUCGCUCCAGGUUCAACUCAAUUCUCAUCUACUUCCCAGUGUAUGGUUAUGUGAUAUGUGACCACAUGAGGGCGCUGCAUGUCUACAUGAGCGCACUCAACGGCUCGUGCCCAAUAGUGGGGAUCCCGUGCCACAGCUAUGAGGACUUCCUGAAGGGACGCUGUUUGGACUGUGAUGUCUUCAAGGGCAGGUGUCCAACUAUAGGUUUAUCAGAAAACAAUGGGAUAACCACGUCUCCACUCCCCAGAGAGCAGAAGCUGUUCCUGCUCACUACGUCUUCGCCACCUUUUUGCUCUCAUCACAUCCUGCUGCAGCUGGAGGUUUCUCCUCUGGAUAAGAGCGCUGAGUUGGAGGUGACACUGAUGACCGAGAACCAGGGAACACAGCGGCGGCUCAGGCUUCGGACAGAUACGACGGUGUACAGGAUGGUGUUGUCUCACCCCGUCGCUCUGUGUGAGAUCAACACCAUCAAGCUGAAGAACACCGGAGCUCGUUUCUACAGACAGGGAGACGUCCACGUCAAGUCUGUGUGCCUCACAGAGUUCCCCUCUCUCAGGCGAGAGGAGCCACUGUGUGUGAACAACUUCCACGUCAGACGAGGAGCUCCGUGGUCACAUGACUUGGUGCAGGUGUGUGGCUUCUACUAAGGAAGUGAGAUCUACUCAAAAAGACACUGAGGGGGGAAAACACAUCUACAGUGAAGUCACCCAACUUUCACUGUUCACCAUAAUGAUCAGAGCCAAAGACUGCAUUUUAUCCUGGAGAGGAAGUUACCAUUAGAGAGACGAUCACUCUGCUACUGAUAACAAGCAGCCUAGUUGUACUUUAUUAUUUGGUUAUCUGGCUAAUCCACUGAUCCUCCAACGUCAUGACUUUGUUGUCAUUCAGGUUUGCCUUUCCGUUCCCCCCCUGCAGCUCCCUAUUCUUCUGUAUUCUGGUUUUAGGAUGUUCCAGGUUUCUUACAUAUUUUCUAACUUGUAGUUUUAAUGGUGCUGAAUUCAGUUUGUCUUGUAAUAAACUGGUGACUGUGCUCUGCUUUUCUCUGUAGAUGUUUGAAAGUUAAAUAUUGAUGUUUGACAUUGGUGGACACCAAUUCAGUUACACUGAUAAAGACAUACUUGUUAUAUUUCAUUUCUUUUCUGCUGAUAAACCCCCUAAAUCCUGUACACGCUGGGCCUUUAAGUGACCUUCUCACAGAUAUGUCAGGAAGUAGACAGUCACAGAAAACAAACUACAUCUUCACUGCACACAAAGAGCAUUAAGAAGAAAUCAUGACCCCAUGAACAAAACACAGACAUCUUCAUUUUAGUCCCAUCUCUGUAUUUUGGAAGUCAAUAACAAGACCAAUAAUGCAGUUCACAGUUUACACGUGUAUUAAAUAUUUAAUUAGUUACAAAAUUUAAAAAAAAAAAAAAAAAAAACAACAUGAUGUACAGGCAUCCAAUAUAUCGCCAAAGAAGAACAAAGAGGUUCUCCUACAGAAGAAUUUGACAUUAUUAAGGGUGCAUUCAGAGAAAUAAACAUGACCAAUGAAACAUGAAAGUGAAAUGGAGAAAAAUCUAAACAGGCCAAGCUGCAGGUUAAAUGUUCGUACAUGUGUGGAAAGUUCUAGAGAAAUAUACAGAACUAAUUUUUUUACAGGUCUCGAAAGGAUAAAGAAUUGAGUAUUAUACAGGCCUGCUGAUUUUCAAGCAGUUGUUCAGUCAGUUCGAUCCAGAAAAUGUGUGGUAACCUCACUAAUUUAAAUCAAUAUUCUUUCUUAACACUGAGUUAGAGUUUGGGGGGGGGGGGG